AUGGCCUCCCGAGGGGUCUUUACAAUACCAAAUCUUAACCGAUCUGGACAAUUUCUGCUAUCAGCUGGGAAGAUGGGGAGAAAUACCCUACGUCAUGGCCUUUUGGGAUCUCAGGUGGCAGGACCUGAAGGCCUAGUUCGAGUUCACGUCCCCUUCUCCCUCCAAGACUUAUCCGCCAUUGAAAAGCGGCUAGGGUCAUUCUCGGCUGACCCCACCCAAUACACUAAGGAAUUCCAAUACCUUGCCCAAGCCUACAGUCUCACAUGGCAUGACAUCCAUGUAAUCCUCACCUCUACCCUCACCCCUGAGGAGAGGGAGCGCAUCCAGGCCGCAGCCAGGGAACAUGCAGACCAAACCCACAUGACCGACCCCACUAUGGCUGUAGGGGCCGAUGCUGUCCCGGCGGCCGACCCCAACUGGAACUACCAACUUGCAGGCAAUGGUCACUGGCGCUGGGACCAGAUGAUCCAGUGCCUACUAGCAGGCAUGAGGGCAACCUCAAACAAAUCAGUAAAUUUUAACAAACUUCAAGAAAUAUGCAGGACCCCGAUGAAAACCCCGCAGCCUUCCUCAGCCGGCUCACAGAGGCACUUACCCAGUAUACCAGACUAGGCCCUACCACCCCCGCCGGGGCCACAGCAUUGGCCACCUAUUUUAUUUCCCAAUCGGCCCCUGAUAUUCAAAAAGAACUAAAAAAGGCCGAAGAUGGUCCUCAAACCCCUAUGGCCGACCUGGUAAAGAUGGCUUUUAAAGUUUUUAAUGGCCGAGAGGAAGCUCAAGAACAAGGGCGACAGGCCGGUCUCCAACAAAAGGUACAAUUACAGACCCAAGCCUUGGUAGCUGCCCUGAGGCCAGCCACAAUAAAGCCCUCCGGACCACGGCCCCCUCCGGGGCCAUGCUUUAAAUGUGGCCAAGAAGGCCAUUGGUCUCGUCAGUGUCCCCAUCCCAAAAAGCCUACCAGUCCAUGCCCAUUGUGCCGGCAAAUGGGCCAUUGGAAAUCCGAUUGUCCUCACCCAGGGGACGACAGACUCGCAAGGCCCCCACGUGGCGAGGCUUCACCCCAAUUGGACUCUGCCUUCCAACUGCUGGAGAUGGAGGAUGACGAGUGACGAGGCCCAGACUCAGUAACUCCGGUGACCCACGCUGAGCCCAGGGUAAAACUCCAGGUAGCGGAUAAGUCCAUCUCCUUUCUGUUGGACACGGGGGUUACCUAUUCCGUCCUGCCGAGCUAUUCCGGCCCCACCACGCCGUCCUCCGUUUCGGUCAUGGGCAUAAAUGGCACCCCCUCCGUUCCCCCAUGCACACCGGUACUCACCUGCUGCCUGGAUGGCUUCCACUUCUCCCACUCCUUCCUAGUCAUCCCCUCCUGCCCCAUCCCCUUGUUGGGCUGAGACAUCCUCAAUAAAUUAGAAGCCUCAGCCACCUCCCUAUCCUCCUUACAAAGGCAGAUCAACUCCCUAGCACAGGUCACUCUACAAAACCGACGAGCCCUAGAUCUCCUGACAGCAGAAAAAAGGGGAACAUGCCUGUUCCUGAGGGAGGAAUGUUGCUACUACCUCAAUGAAUCAGGCCUUAGUGGAAACCAAUAUAGAACACCUAAAGGAAAUCCAAAAAACUCUAUCCACCCACCCAGGAUCCUCAGACCCCCUAACCUCCUGGUGGCAAUCACCCCUCCUAACUUGGCUCCUCACCAUAGUCACUCCACUAGUUGCUAUCUGUAUAAUACUUAUGCUCUUAGCUUGUUUUCUCCGUUUUGUACAAAAACAAAUUCAUGAAGUGUCCCAGGUGUUCCAGCCAUAUUCCCGCAUUCCAACCUCAGACCCCACAUACCAUGACGUCGCCCUUACACCCGCAGGAAGCAGCCAGAUCAGAUCCAUCGCCCAUUAUCACCAAUAAGAGGUUAGAAUGUUAGGAUGUCCUUGGAACCACAGUAGAGGGGACGGCCAUCUUGCUAGGUCAAGCCAAUGAA